AUGUGUGACAAAGGAUUCGUUGCUUUGAGUAUCUUGUGGGGGCUUCUGGCUGUUAUCGAGUCGCAGCCGUCGUGCCCCAGCAAUGUGUUUCAAAAACCACAAGAGGUUCUUGAUUGCGAGCAACGUGCGCAGAACGAGCCUGUAAACCAGACCCUGGCGUCAGAGGGCUGUAUGCGGACGUACUUUGUGAACAGAGUCACCGCCAACCCCUUGCUACCAGAAGACUACGCCAUGCUCAACGAAUUUGCCGCCAAAAAGUUUGGCAAGAAACCACCCGUGAGCGGCUACCGAAUACGACGUGACAUCCGGGUUCUCUCCGUCACAGAGCGACAAAAGCUAUUCCGGGCGUUCAACGUUCUCUACAAGACGGGCGUACUGGCGCAGUUCGGCCGUCUCCAUGGAGUUCAAAUGCUCCGGAAACACCACGGGGCCAGUUUCCUGCCCUGGCAUCGCGUUUACAUAGCGGCGGUGGAGGAGAAGCUCCGCGAGAUCGAUCCGGAAGUGUCGCUGCCCUACUGGGACUACACCAUGGACUACUAUCUGCCUCUUCCGUCAGACUCCGUCAUAUGGAGCUCGUGUUUCCUUGGCAACGGUGACGGCACGGUCCGCGAGGGUCCCUUCAGGAACAUGUACGGCGGCUUUAACACGCUGAUCGCCCGCGACAUCGCACGUAACGGAACUUGUCCGCCAAGAUUGAUCAACAAGGACGAUAUUGCUGAGCUGAUGGAUUUUUGCUAUUUUGCGAACAUUACGACCGGAAACACACCGAUUUACUACCAGCAGGUGAACAACCUGGAAGUGCUACACGAUGGCAUACACGAUUGGGUGGGCGGGGAUAUGGGCAACGGGGCCCAGGCGUCGUAUGACCCCGUGUUCUUUAUGCACCACGCCUUCAUCGACUACAUCUGGGAGCAGUUCCGAUGGCGGCAGUCAUCAUUGAUGUGCCGCGUGAACGUCGAGAAAGACUACCGGGAACCAGGUGACUACGCAGUCAACAACGCCCCUGGCCACGCCCCUUGGGAGGAGAUGCACGGGUUUGAGUACCUGCAGAACCGCGACGGUCUCUGGCGCAACUGGACCACAGCCGUGUACGGCUACUUACCGGCGCCAAAGUGUCCCGAAUGUGGCAAUUCGGAAAGCCUCUACUGCGACAUGGACGUGGACCCCCGCCGACCGGAGGGCGUCUGUGUGACGAAAACGAAGUUAUUCUGCGUCGACACCCCGCUAACGGACUUUGAUAAAGAUAGGCCGUUUGAAGAGCCGCUGGGUGGCGGGGCCACUGUGAUCCUGGGUACUAUACACAAGGGGCUGCCAGGGGACGGACGUACCAGAUUCAUGUCACAGGAAGAGGGCCUCGCUAUUCUUAGACAACAAGUUGGUCAUGUUAAUCCAUCGCAACAACCUAUAUUGCACGACGUAAAGGCACCGCAAGGCUACACACCGACGCUCAACAUGAACCUGCAUGAGGUAGUCUAUGUCGUUUCCAGUGCCGACGGCCAGGGGGCACUCGUGAAGUACGAGGACAUCGUCAAGGGACUGGUGACCACUGUUGCUACGAUCCUUGCAUGUGUGCUAUAAGUAACGCACGAAGCGAGGUCUAUGAGUUUUGUUUCUGCAGAGCAAUACUUUAAAUUGAAGUGUAUUGCUGAAGUGAAUUUGGACGACCAAUUAGAUUGGCAGAUUAAGAUGUCUGUUAUUGAAAAAAAAUGUUUACAAAACAUUAAUUGUUUAUGCACUUAAAUAGUGUUUUUUUCGACAAUUUGAAGAUUUUAUUAUUUUACUGUGCUUUGUUUAGAAGUAGAGUCAGGAUAUCAUUUGUUUAAUUUGUUGUUAAAAAUUACAA